CUGAAUAAUUGAACGCCGCACGGGUAUAAAUGACAACCAGUUAGCAAGUAAGUAGGUGUUUUCUCAAUCCGACUCGAACAUGACGGCGGCAUUAUAUGGUUGUGUCACAUCCGAAGCGUCAUACGUCAUUACGUGGUAUUGUUACGUCGACACGAAGUGUUGCACCAGACAGUGAAUAUUAAUUUCAGGGUUAGCCAACACACCAUUUUGAAUCUGUGCUCAAAAGCCAGCAAGCUAGCUUACAUUAGCAUUUACAGUGUGCUAGUAGUGCUGCUAGAAAUCAAGCUCCAGCAAUGUCAAUGUGGAAGGGACUGCACAUGACAGCGCGUGCUGCUCAUGGAAUUCAUGUUUCCUCGCGAUUUAUCCAUAAACACACGCGACCCUGCACCCGAAACAUCAGCACUAGUAGACCCGUGCAAAAUGAUUUCUUCAAAGAUCUCGAGAACCAGUUCAGAGCGUUCAGGGAGAAAGCGGCAGACGCCAUGCCUGGCAGUGACUGGACUCCGUUUGAGAAGACCUCCUCACUCCCCCCUGAGAGGGCGGACAUCGUGAUCGUAGGAGGUGGCGUGGUGGGCUGGUCCAUUGCCUAUUGGCUGAAGCAGAAAGAGAUGAUUCGGGACGGGGUGCGAGUGCUGGUGGUUGAGAGGGACCCCACUUACUCCCAGGCUUCCACGGUGCUGUCUGCUGGGGGGAUUCGACAGCAGUUCUCCUUGCCAGAGAACAUCCACCUGUCCAUGGCCUCGGCUGACUUCAUGAGGAACAUCAAUGAACACUUGAGUGUGCUGAAUGACGAGCCCGUGGACCUGCAGUUUAACCACUCCGGAUAUCUUUUUCUGGCCAGUGAAAAAGUGGCUCAUAUCAUGGAAGAAAACUACAGCACCCAAAGGUAUGCUGGAGCAAAAGUCUCUCUUCUUUCACCGACACAACUAAAGGAGAAAUGUCCAUGGAUCAACACUGAUGGAGUAGUGCUGGCUUCAUAUGGGCUGGAGAACGAGGGCUGGUUCGACCCCUGGAUGCUGUUGAACGCUUUCAGACGGAAGGCCAUCUCCAUGGGGGUCUACCAGUGCUUUGGAGAAGUCACAGGUUUUAGUUACACCACAAACACAAUGACUACUGCAGAAGGAGACAAGGUGGAUUUCAGGAGAAUCAAAUAUGCUAAUGUCCAGAUGCCCAACAGUCUGGAGUACCAGCCUGUGGAGUGUGCCAUCGUGGUGAACGCUGCAGGGGCCCUCUCCGGUAAGGUGGCAGAGAUGAUGGGCAUCGGGCUCGGCCCAAAAGACACCGUCGCUGGAAUCCCGCUACCCGUGGAGCCCAGGAAAAGGUUCAUCUAUGUGGUCCACUGUCCAAACGGGCCAGGGCUGGACACUCCCUUCCUCGUAGACUACUCUGGAGUGUACUUCAGACGAGAGGGGCUGGGAGGAAACUACAUUGCUGGGAUGUCACCAGAAGAGAGUCUGGGAAGUGGUCUUCAUUAUAUGCAACCCCAUCAGGAAGAGGAGCCAGAGACCAAUAACCUGGAGGUGGACCACCAGUUCUUCCAGAACAUCUGGCCUCAUUUGGCUCACCGGGUCCCUGCCUUUGAGUGCCUCAAGGUGAAGAGUGCAUGGGCCGGCUUCUACGACUACAACACCUUUGACCAGAACGGCAUCGUGGGCAUGCACCCGCUGGUCAACAACAUGUUCUUUGCCACAGGCUUCAGUGGGCAUGGGCUGCAGCACUCGCCGGCAGUAGGUCGCGCCAUGGCCGAACUCAUCCUGGACGGGGGCUUCAAGACCCUGGACCUGAGCGCCUUCAGCUUCAAACGCAUCAUGACCAAGGAACCCAUAUUAGAGAGGAACAUUGUCUGAGAGGGAGAGUCUGACAUUUUUACGAAGGGAGGAAAGAGUGGAAAGAGGAAUGCCUUGUCGCAUUCUACAGUCUUGUGGGAAAUAUGGUCUCGAAAUAAGAGUUUGCCAAAGUUUCUGGUAAGGUGAAUGGUGUCCUAUUAAUUUCUUCACUAAAGUGCAUGAGGGAGUAACUGCACAUUUCACAAGCUCAAUUCUGUGGUCUACCGGUGAGACCACAUGGCAGCGGCCUCAGCCAAAGUGCUUUGCACUUAAACAGUCACCCAUUGCUCAGAACUCCGACCGCAAGACUGAAUGGGAAAAUAUGGGAUGCGCCAGAAAUGCAUCUCAGGAACGAGUGAGGGACUUUGUGGGAUGAGGAAGAGAGGAGGGUAGAAGAAAGAGCCUUGACAGCAAACAUGAACUUCUGAAGUAAGCAUGGAAUUUAGGAUGCCCAAUAUCUAACCUACUGUACAAUAAGGUACUGACAUACAAUGCGUUAGCACAAUUAGAAAGGCUUUUAUUUGAAUAUUGGUGUAAUUUCCAUUCCUCCGAUGGUAAACCUGUAUUGAAUGGCUUGAUUAUGCAUCUUUUUUUAUUUUAUUUAACCUAGACAUGUCACUUUACUCUUGAUCACGUAAGCAUUCAACUGUAUUUGUAUAAGAAAAAGUGAAGUUGGAAGUUUACAUACACCUUAGCCAAAUACAUUUAAACUCAGUUUCACAAUUCCUGACAUUUUAAUCCUAGUAAAAAUUCCCUGUCUUAGGUCAGUUAGCAUCACCACUUUAUUUUAAGAAUGUGAACUGUCAGAAUAAUAGGAGAGUGACUUACUUCAGCUUUUAUUUCUUUCAUCACAUUCCCAGUGGGUCCGAAGUUUACUGAAUUAGUAUUUGGUAGCAUUGCCUUUUAAAUUUGGGUCAAACAUUUUGGAUAGCCUUCCACAAUAAGUUGGGUAAAUUUUGUCCCAUUCCUCCUGACAGAGCUGGUGUAACUGAGUCAGGUUUGUAGGCCUCCUUGCUCGCACAUGCUUUUUCAGUUCUGCCCACACAUUUUCUAUAGGAAUGAGGUCAGGGCUUUGUGAUGGCCACUCCAAUACCUUGACUUUGUUGUCCUUAAGCCAUUUUGCCACAACUUUGGAACUGGCUUGGGGUCAUUGUCCAUUUGCAACCAAGCUUUAACUUCCUGACUGAUGUCUUGAGAUGUUGCUUCAAUAUAUCCACAUAAUUUUGGUUAAAUAAUGCCAUUUAUUUUGUGAAUUGCACCAGUCCCUCAUGCAGCAAAGCACCCCCACAACAUGAUGCUGCCACCCCCGUUCUUCACCCCCGUUCUUCGGCUUGGAAGCCUCCCCUCCCCUUUUUCCUCCAAACAUAACGAUGGUUAUUAUGGCUAAACAGUUAUAUUUUUGUUUCAUCAGACCAGAGGACAUUUCUCCCAAAAAUAUGUUCUCUGUCCUCAUGUGCAGUUGCAAACCGUAAUCUGGCUUUUUUAUGCCGGUUUUGGAGCAGUGGCUUCUUCCUUGCUGAGCGGCCAUACAGGUUAUGUCUAUAUAGGACUGGUUUUACUGUGGAUAUAGAUCAUUCUGUACCUGUUUCCUCCAGCAUCUUCACAAGGUCCUUUGCUGUUGUUCUGGAAUUGAUUUGUGCUUUUUCGCACCAAACUACAUUCAUCUCUAGGAGACCGAACGCGUCUCCUUCCUGAGCGGUAUGACGGCUGCGUGGUCCCAUGGUGUUUAUACUUGCGUACUAUUGUUUGUACAGAUGAACGUGAUAUCUUCAGGCAUUUGGAAAUUGCUCCCAAGUAUGAACCAGACUUGUGGAGGUCUCCCAAAAAAAUUGGAGGUCUUUGCUAAUUUUCCCAUGAUAUCAAGCAGAGGCACUGAGAUUGACGGUAAGGCCUUGAAAUACAUCCUCAGGUACACCUUCAAUUGACUAAAAUUAUGUACAUUAGCCUAUCAGAAGCUUCUAAAGCCAUGACAUAAUUUUCAGGAAUUUUCCAAGCUGUUUAAAGGCACAGUCACCUUAGUGUAUGUAAACUUCUGACCCACUGGAAUUGUAAUACAAUGAAAUAAUCUGUCUAAACAACUGUUGGGAAAAUUACUUGUCAUGCAAAGUAGAUAUCCUAACCGACUUGCCAAAACUAUAGUUUGUUCACAAGAUAUUUGUGGAGCGGUUGAAAAAUCAGUUUGAGACUCCAACAUAAGUAUGUAAACUUCCAUCUUCAACUGUACAUGUGAUGCAGUAAAGACGUCAAUCUAUUGUAUAAAAAAAGUUAACACUUGUGAUCAAUAGUAAAAUGAACUAGAUUUUGAAAUUGAAGCCAUGGGUUUCUAAACGAUGUGCAAUGGCACAUCAAUUUACCUCAUUGCUGCCCACCAAAAUUAGCCUACAUUUAGGCUAUUGUUUGUAUUUCACACUGUUGGCGUGAAAAUGUGUAAUGCUUGUAUAGAUGUCAACCCCAGUUCAUGUUAUCGUCACCAAUCAACUGCAUUACAGUUAAACAACUACCACCCCCAAUUUCUAUAUGCUAGUUAUUCUACCAGCUUAUACGAACGGGCAAUGGCAUUUAGCAGACAGUUUUGUAAACCUGAAACGGACAACUUCUAAAUAUAUUUGGCUGUUUUCACUGCACAAUAUCCAAAUCAGAUUUUAGUAACCACCUUGUGGGCCUGUUUAACAUCAUGAUGGAUUUGACAAAUAUCCACUUUGUUAGAUCAGCUUCUUGAAUGUGCGACAGUGUGCGUCCCAUCAUCCCCCCCACGGUCUGCGUCUGAUGUGUGGUUGUUUUCUUCAGUGUGCACUCCUAUGUGAUGUGCAUUGCUUAUUUUACAGGCCAAAUUUCACAUUUACUUCCUUAAUAUGUAAAAUGACUGCCUUGUUUGAAUGUUUAGCCAAAGAGUUUUUAUUUUCAGCACAUACUGGGGGGAAAGCCCACCAAUUCCCAUACAUUGAAAGUCAUAAUGUAAAUGUGACAUGUAAACCGAUAGACAAAAUGUAACAUGGCAGCUUCCACUCAAGCUCUAAUUGGAGUAGAUGAACACGUCUCCAAAACAAUAUCAUUUCUUCUUCUUUAUCAGCAUAUCCAAUACAGAUGGCGCUUUGUGUUUUUUACCUUCAAAAGCAAGAGAAAGAGUUAGUCCAUUUCUAUAAAUUCAAACCAUAGCAAAUAGGGGUGUGAUGUUUUAAAUGAAUUUGGGAUUGUCAACGUUUUGAUUUUUUUGUGUGCAAAUAAUCCUACAACAAUACUGUAAAUAGAAAGAUGCAUGUCAUCUUCUAAUUAUUUGCCACUGAUAAAGCGCUCCACACCU